AAAGUUAUCGCUAUUAAAUUCAGAUUAUGACGGUUAAUUAAUAUAUUAAAUAUAUAUUUUCAUCCUAUUUAAUGUGUAAUUCCAAAGAAGGCUCUAACUCUGUUAAUACUGAGGGUGAUCAGCAUGAGAACAAGGACACUACAGGUAACUCAGAUGAGUGGAGACUUCUUGAAAAUGAAUUGCCAAUGAGUUAUAAUAAAAUAGGGGAUGAUUUUAAGUCAAAUUUGAUUUAUAAACCUCCCAGAUGGUCAUCCAGCUCAACAGACCGUAAGAUUCUUGAUAUUUCUAUUGAAAUAAUCUCAGAUGGAGUUCUUUUAGAAAUAGUUAACCUUGGUUCAAGGUCUCAUUACAUUCUUGGAUCAUCAGAUGACUGUGAUUUUGUGUAUAAAAGUCCCUACGUAUCAAGGAAACACUGUGUACUUCAUUACACAAGAAGUAACAGUCUUGUAAUUUACGAUCUAAACUCAAAAUAUGGAACAACUCUGAACCAUAUGAAACUUAUACCCGAGAAAUACUAUCAAUUAUCACCAGGAGAUCAAAUUAGAGUAGGGCCACCUGGUCUUAGCGACAGAUCGUACAUUAUUAUGGGACACUCAAUACUCUCGGGAAUCGAAGAUGUUCCAAAAGAAGACUUAGAAAUGAUUAAAAAAAAGAAGCUUAGUGACGUUGAUAAGGCGAAGUUAAUGAAAAAGAUUGAAAAGGAUCUGGAAAAGGAGCUGAAAAGGGAGCUGAAAAUGCAUAAUGAUGACGGAUCCUACUACGACACCAACCUCUUCCUGGAUGAAUAUGACGAAUAUUUGGACGAGAAUCCGGAAACACAGAAAAGGAAACAGCCUGUAUUAAACAAAUCAGAUAUUUUGCUAGCAAUUUUAAGGCUCCAAAAGAGUGAAAUACAAGUUUUAAAUAAGUGGUACAAAGUACUUAAGGACGCAACUCCCGACAGGUCUCGACUACCUACACAACCGGCUUCUGAAAUAGAUAUUGAGCUUGAGAAGGUUAAAAAGAAACAAUUAAAAGAGGAUAAGGCAAAAUUUCAAAAGGUCCUGGAUAAAGUCAGAGAUAAUUUAGAUCACAAUUUCAAAUUGUUGCGUGUCGCAUCGUACUAAAAUUUCCCCGAUCUUUUUAUCAAGUGACGCGUCUCUCUUUUUUUCUGUACUAACUGUAGCAUACAUUUUAAAUUGUACAAAUCUUUAAUUAUAUUUUACAUUAUAACUAAUUAUAAAAAUUAUUCACUUGCACAAUCAAGUAUAGUUUUUGCCAGUAAGAUCCAAGAAAAUUUCGAUCUUAUAAUCUAGAAUUAGAAACAAUUUAAAAGUCUUUCAAAUCGUAAAUCAAAACUAAAAUUGAAC